UUUCACUUUUGAUAUAGGCUUAAUUUUAUCGAUUAAUGUUGGAAAUGAUGAGUUUUAAGACAGAUGAAAUCAUCAACAAACGCAUACCCGAUAUUUCGGAAUAAUCAGUCCUUGACACAAUCAGAUGUAUGCCUUCUGAUUUCUGUAGAAAUGCACGUAGUAAGUUCACGGGAAACAAGCCAUUACAUCACUUUGUUGAUGCAGUUAAAAUAUGUCAAAUUGUCGAAAAAUGUAUAAAAGCGGGGCAUCGAAAUUUCAGGAGGGGUAUGUCUAUGAGCAAUGUUGAAAAAGAAACCAAAAGAAUAUACAAAACAAGAGAAGUGCACAGGCACAAGCACACGCCCACAUUCUUUCAUUCAAGUCUUAUUGAAAGAUUCUUUAAAUCAAACUAAUACGCUUACAACGAAAAUGCCCAUAUUUAAUAAGAGAAAGAUAUCACAAUUGCCACCAGAGCUUUCGGACUUUCCACUGCUUCAUUCAUCCUCCAGUAAUACGAGUCCGAGGACAAUCUCGACUAUUGAAUCAGCUACUAUAAUAUCAUUUGAAAAGCAUAGCGAUAAAAAGAUGUGGUAUGUCAUGGAGAUAGAAACACAACAGCAUCAACACCAUUUUACCACCAAAAGAACUUAUUAUAGAAUCGCGCGCAGAUAUGUUGAAUUUGCUCGAUUAUCUCAGAAGCUUUAUAAACGAUUCAAAACUACUAAAUUACGUGCAGGCGGUUACUUACCUCCAAAAAUAAAAACGAACAAACUAAAAAUCUUCCCCGUCAGUAAAGAGCUCCAGAAUCGACGAUUAGAAGAGUUGAAUCAAUUUCUCAAGCUCCUUUUCCGUAAACAAUCCAUAAUUACAGAGUCUUCCACUGUUUUUGAAUUCUUUAAGCCUAGGGCUUCGGAUCUGAAACCAACACAUGGGUGGAAACUUCUCCGAUGUACCUCCAUUCUAUCAAGAUCAUCUGCUUCGACUUCGAGUAUAUCAUCUUUCUGUACUCAGGCUGUGCACAAACUUAUUUCCCCGUGGCAUCCUUCUCAGCAUCAACAGUGUCGUCAUCAUCAACAAGAAGAAGGGGAAUGCUCUGCAAUACCGAUUUUGGACGACAGAUAUAACAAUGUUAUCAAAUUUAAAAUUAUAUGUGACAUGGAUAAUAUUGUAAUUAUCAGAGUUUCACGUAUCAUUUCAUUGAUUGAAUUGCGUGAGCGUAUCAUGAAUAAAUUCGCUGAACGCCAUGGAUUGAAUAUUUCAGUAGGAUACGAUGACUUUGUUUUGCUGUACAAUGACACCAACGGCAAUCGAUGUAAUGCUCGAACAGUUCUGGAAAACGAAUUGGUGCUACCUGCCAGAGUCAUUAGAAAAGAAGAAGAUUUGAAAGAUUUGUUACAGAACAAAUGGAAAGAGUUUGAUCGCGUCGCUUUACGUUGUAUAAUAGUUUAA